CAAAAAUAAAGAACGUGCCUACGUCAUAUCUUCGCGUCGGUGUUGUCGUUUGGAUCGUUAGACUUGAAGAGAAAGUGCUGUAGCUGUCAUGGUGUUGUUUCCGAACUCACUCACUGAGGAAGAGGAGGCUCUACAUAAGAAGUAUGCGAAACUUAAGAAAAAGAAAAAGGCUCUUCUUGCAUUGAAGAAGCAGAGUUCGACCAACCAAACCACCCAGAGCGGCUUGAAACGAACCCUGUCGGACCAACCUGUUGUUGAUACUGCAACUGCGACAGAGCAAGCUAAAAUGCUCAUCAAGUCUGGAGCCAUCAGCGCCAUUAAAUCUGAGACCAAGAACUCCGGCUUCAAACGCUCCCGAAUGCUAGAGAUCAAACUUAAGGACCCAGAAAAAGGUCCAGCUCCUGCUUUCCUACCUUUCCAAAGGAGUGUCUCUGCAGACGAUGAUCAACCUGAGUCUGGAAAGAGAGCUCAGAGGAAGUCCCUGUACGAAAGCUUCGUUAGUUCAAGCGACCGAUACCGGGAUGAAGAUGAAGGAAGCAGCAUGUCAUCCAGCCGCGAAAUGGACCGAGACAGGGACAGGGACAGAGACCUGGAUAGGGAGUGGGACAGAGACAGAGACAGGGAUCGGGAUCGAGAUCGAGACAGGGAAAGGGACAGAGGCCGAGACAGAGACCGAGACCGAGACAGGGAUAGAGAAAGAGAAAGACACGGAGAUCGAAGCAGAGACAGAGACCAGGACCGGGACCGGGAUCGGGACCGAGACAGAGACAGAGACAGAGAUGCACCUUUCAGAAGAUCCGACUCGUACCCGGAGCGAAGAAGCCUGCGGAAGGGGAACACCGUGUACGUUUAUGGGUCCGGCCUCGUGGAGGACAGCCUGCGCUCUGCCUUCUCUCAGCACGGCAACAUCAUCGACCUCUCGAUGGACAACCCGCGCAAUUGUGCAUUUAUCACGUUUGAGAAGAUGGAGUCUGCAGACCAGGCUGUAGCUGAGCUGAACGGUGCCGUGGUGGGCGACGUUCACAUUAAAGUCAGCAUCGCCAGGAAGCAGCCCAUGCUGGACGCCGCCACCGGCAAAUCGGUGUGGGCCUCCCUCGCCGUGCAAAACAGCACCAAAGGCUCGUACCGGGAUAAGAGGAACCAAGUGGUGUACAGCGAAGACUUCCUGUGACACAAGAAGUUUCUGUUUACGUUUUAACGACAACCUGGCCCGUGUUGUCGGAUUGUUACAGUAGCUUCUCUCGUAAUCUGAGAUGUCUUUUAUGUUUUUUGUUUUUUUUUUGGUUUUUGAAUUUAAUAAAUCACAUUCUUGCUCAUUGACUGAGGCAUACAGA